AAAAAAAACCACUUGGAAAAUCAACUAGCUAGGGUUCUCUUUACUGCAAUGGCGAAAUCAAUGAAACUGGCGGGCUUAAAAUCGGUGGAAAAUGCUCACGACGAGUCCGUUUGGACUGCAACAUGGGUUCCCGCCACCAACUCUCGCCCGCCCGUCCUCUUGACCGGGUCCCUCGACGAAACCGUUAAGCUGUGGAGGCCCGACGAGCUCGAGCUCGUUCGCACCAACACCGGCCACUGCCUCGGCGUAGUUUCGGUGGCCGCCCAUCCUUCCGGCGUGAUUGCCGCCUCGGCCUCGCUCGACAGUUUGGUCCGCGUGUUUGACGUUGACACCAACGCCACUAUCGCUACUCUCGAAGCUCCUCCCUCUGAGGUCUGGCAAAUGCAAUUCAAUCCCAAGGGUACGACACUUGCUGUUUCUGGUGGAGGUAGUGCAUCAAUCAAGUUGUGGGACACUGCAACAUGGAGGUUGGUUUCAACUUUAUCGGUCCCUCGUCCUGAAGGAGCCAAGCCCUCCGAUAAAAGCAGCAACAAGAAGUUUGUACUCUCUGUUGCAUGGAGUCCGGAUGGAAGACGACUUGCUUGCGGCUCAAUGGAUGGCACAAUUUCUGUUUUUGACAUAGCUCGUGCCAAAUUUCUACAUCACCUUGAAGGCCAUUACAUGCCUGUUAGGUCGCUUGUGUUUUCUCCUGAACCAGAUGGGCGGAAGCUAUACUCGGCUUCAGAUGACGGUCAUGUGCACAUCUAUGAUGCUGAGGGAAAAGCUAUUAUUGGGGCAAUGUCUGGUCAUUCUGGCUGGGUGUUGAGUGUGGAUGUAAGUCCCGAUGGAGAGGCUAUUGCGACUGGCUCAAGUGAUAAAACCGUAAGACUAUGGGAUUUUAGGAUGAGAGCAGCUAUACAGACAAUGAGCAAUCACUCAGACCAGGUCUGGGCAGUGGCGUUUCGACCUAGUGGUGGGGGUCGUCUUGCCAGUGUGUCGGACGACAAGAGUAUAUCACUGUAUCAUUGUUCCUAACAUGAUUAGCUUUAUGAAACUUGGCUUUAGAUUAUGUACUGUUUAUUUGUUUUCAGCCAUGAAGAAACCUGUCCUGUGAUUUUCGCUUUGUUUUUUUCUGGGAACAUCAUUGAAUGCCUACUGUUGAGCAUUUAUUGAAUAACUUUUGAACUUCA